UAGUAGCUGCAUGCAUUUAACUAGCCACCCAAAUGCAGUUGCAGUUGCAGGUACUCUCAUUAACUCACUCCAACCACAAUUUCAUGCAUCAGCCAUUCAUAUAUAUUAUAUACCCAUUAUUCACUACCCAUUCUUAAUUUCUUCAACCAUUUUUCUUCACAAAAAAUCAUGGAUUUUUCUUCAUACUACCAUCUAAUUUUCAUCUCUUUAGGUGUACUCAUAUCAAGUUUUAUCUUUCUUAAUUCACGUGUCAAGAAUAAAUCGACGCGAGGUCUCCCUCCCGGUCCUCCUGGGUGGCCUAUAGUCGGAAAUCUCUUCCAAGUAGCAAACUCAGGGAAACAAUUUUUUGAGUUUGUUAGAGAUCUUUUACCAAAGUACGGCCCCAUCUUCACUCUGAAGAUGGGAUCACGUACUUUGAUUAUUGUUAGUGACGCUUCAUUAGUUCAUGAAGCGCUAAUUGAAAAAGGUCAGGUGUUUGCCACCAGACCUGCUGAAACCCCCACUAGGGGGAUUUUUAGCUGCGACAAAUUUACAGUCAAUGCGGCUGUUUAUGGGCCCGUUUGGCGUUCCCUUAGGAAAAAUAUGGUGCAAAAUGGGUUAAGCUCUUCUCGACUAAAGGAAUUUAAGGGUGUUAGAAAUAUUGCGAUGGAUAAAUUGAUUGAAAAGAUUAAAAUUGAGGGUGAAAAAGAAAAUGGUGUUGUUUAUGUGUUGAAAAAUGCUAGAUUUGCCGUGUUUUGUAUAUUGUUGUCUAUGUGUUUUGGUGUUGAAAUGAGUGAAGAAACAAUUGAAAGAAUUGAUCAUAUGAUGAAAGAAGUGUUAAUUACGGUAAACCCAAGAAUUGAUGAUUUUCUACCGAUUUUAAGCUUGUUUUUUACCAAGCAAAGGAAACAAGCUUUGGCCGUGCGCAACAAGCAAAUCGAGACGCUCCGUCCGUUCAUCGAGCAACGACGGGCGAUUCUUAUGGCGGGUUUAGCAUCCAACCCGACUGCAGCGCCAUUCUCAUACCUUGAUACACUUUUUGAUGUACAAGUUGAGGGUCGAAACUCAGGCCCGACCGAGCCCGAAAUUGUGACACUAUGCUCGGAAUUUAUUAAUGGAGGUACGGACACUACCGCAACCGCAAUAGAAUGGGCCAUGGCACGACUAAUCGAGAACCCGAGCAUGCAAACCAAGCUAUACAACGAGAUCCGAUCCACAAUUGGCACACGACCCGUACAAGAAGGAGACCUUGAAAACAUGCCUUAUUUGCAUGCCUUUGUUAAAGAACUCUUAAGAAAACACCCACCAACAUAUUUUUCACUAACACACGCCGUAACCGAACCCGCCACGCUUGGCGGGUACACAAUCCCUACCGGGUGCAACGUAGAGUUGUUUUUACCUGGUAUAUCGGACGAUCCAAAACUAUGGAAAAACCCGGAGAAAUUUGACCCGGAAAGGUUUUUAUCCGGAGGUGAAGAUGCAGAUAUAACAGGAGGAAGAGGAGUAAAAAUGAUCCCAUUUGGGGCGGGUCGACGGAUCUGCCCGGGUUUGAGUAUGGCAACAAUUCAUGUUAAUUUAUUGAUUGCUAGGUUAGUACAAGAAUUUGAAUGGUGUGCAAUUGGUAAACUGGAUUUUAGUGAGAAAUUGGAAUUUACUGUGAUUAUGAAGAAUCCUUUGAGAGCUAAAAUUAAGCCUCGGGCUUAAUUUUUUUUAAUCAGAUAAAAUAAGAUAAGAUGAGAUAAGACAAGACGAGAAUAUCAUCUUAUCUGGAGUGCAAUUUACAACUUUUGUAGUUUCGAAGGAUUUCUAAUUUUAUUUUCCAUUAAUUAUAGAUGUAAUAGUGUGCUAUUAUAUAAUAUUUUUUGCUUCAUUCUUGAUUUUUUUUUCUAAAA